AAACAAGGGAAAGAGGAAAGAGAAAGUAGUAGACUUGCUUGCAUUCAAGUUGCAGGAGGGGAAUUAGCUGUAAAAGAAGUUUGGCGGAGAAGAUUGUUGGUUGAUUAUCAGAAAGCUCCAUCGGAGAAGACGACUCUUUUCAGAAAGCUCCGUCGAUCAAUCACGAAAUCCGAAAGCCCAAAACAAGGGAAAGAGGAAAGAGAAAGUAGUAGACUUGCUUGCAUUCAAGUUGCAGGAGGGGAAUUAGCUGUAAAAGAAGUUUGGCGGAGAAGAUUGUUGGUUGAUUAUCAGAAAGCUCCAUCGGAGAAGACGACUCUUUUCAGAAAGCUCCGUCGAUCAAUCACGAAAUCCGAAAGCCCAAAACAAGGGAAAGAGGAAAGAGAAAGUAGUAGACUUGCUUGCAUUCAAGUUGCAGGAGGGGAAUUAGCUGUAAAAGAAGUUUGGCGGAGAAGAUUGUUGGUUGAUUAUCAGAAAGCUCCAUCGGAGAAGACGACUCUUUUCAGAAAGCUCCGUCGAUCAAUCACGAAAUCCGAAAGCCCAAAACAAGGGAAAGAGGAAAGAGAAAGUAGUAGACUUGCUUGCAUUCAAGUUGCAGGAGGGGAACUAGCUGUAAAAGAAGUUUGGCGGAGAAGAUUGUUGGUUGAUUAUCAGAAAGCUCCAUCGGAGAAGACGACUCUUUUCAGAAAGCUCCGUCGAUCAAUCACGAAAUCCGAAAGCCCAAAACAAGGGAAAGAGGAAAGAGAAAGUAGUAGACUUGCUUGCAUUCAAGUUGCAGGAGGGGAAUUAGCUGUAAAAGAAGUUUGGCGGAGAAGAUUGUUGGUUGAUUAUCAGGUUUGUAAUGUGAAGGAUGUAUAUCGACAUCGAAAUGCGGCUAAGAUGAAAAGAAGAUACAACGAUUUAGAUCCUUAUCAGAAGCAAGUGUAUUAUGCUAAAAAAAAUAAACAUCGCAAGGGCCAAAAUAUGGGCGUUGCAUGUCUUGAUACUGAUGAAGUUUUAUCUGGACUUGAAGAACGAGAGGUCGAGAAUAGGAUGAGCAUAUUUCCAAACUCCUCUUUAUCUAAAUCUACGGUUAACAAACUCAUUACCGUUUUGGAUGUAAACCCAUAUGCAAAAAGCAUGACCACAUGGAAGAAAGUCUACCAUAAAUACAGAUGUCACGGCGGUUGGGAAUAUAAGUAUCAAAGAUGGGGAGAGGUAUAUUUACUUCUACAAAAAGGAGGUCCCACAGAUCACUACAAAGCUGGUGCAGUGGGGGAGAACUUAGAAGUACAAGCUUAUAAGUUUGGUGCUUUUGCUCGACAGAUAAAGGAUGUUGUUAAU